GUCAUUCCGGAGCUAUCCCCUUUUAUUCUAAUACAGUACUUCUUUGUAUCGCUUGCUGUGCUGCUACUUCACCGGCGCCAAUUUAUCUGUUUGGUCGUCAAUCACCAGAUUAAUCGCCGGCCCUUGUACCUGAGUCUGUGAUUCUCGUCCCCCCGGCUGCUAGGUCAAGUCCCUGCCACUUAACUUUUAGCUUUUCAAGAAGCACGGAAACUAAGAAAUUUAUAGACAGAUCAAGUUAAAAAAUCAAAUAAGGCUUUCUAUUGUUAUUCUCCAUCUCUCUAGCAAACCAACAUCAAAUAUCUUCUAUCUUUUUGAUUUCGCCUUUUGCGAACUUUGGCCUCCGCUAAUAACAUCGGCUGUCGUUUCUUACUUUUUUACUCGAUUAUAUACAAAGCCAUUUGUCCCACCACUGCACUCCGUAACCACCACCUUCCUCGUCGGAUUUGGACUUUUUUAUUGUUGAAACAUUCAACGACCUGCUUGUUCUGCGCUGCUUAUCUUAGCCUUAGCGCCUAAACGUUAAUCGCUGCACCCCCUCCAGCUCUGAAGCCUGUCCUUGUCGAUUUCGUACCACACCCCCCAGUUCGCGAAGAAGGGUUCUCCUCUCUCUCCCAACUCCUCUUUUCAAUCGUCUAUCCCCAUCCCAUCUUACAGGAGCGCCUGCAUCUAUUUUCUGUCAGCUCACCAUCGUCACCCAUAUUUUUAUCUUUUCUCACGAAUAGAACAGCUUCGUCUUCCCAAUUUCAUUCAUCCGUACGAACAUUAUAUACCCCCAAACCUUCAAGAAUCCGAAUUUAUCUCGUCCUCUUCCACAUUGCUACGAGACCUGUAUCAUCCAUCGAACCUGUUCAUCUCAAUUGCAGAUUUGUGACCUGCAUAUAAGACCCGCAACACCGAUUCCCGAGGCUGCAACAUGACCAAAACCUUGCUCACUACAUGUUGACCACACCUGUAGCUGAUUAGGCCUACAUUUUAAAGACCACAGCUUUUUAUCCAAGUCGUACCCCAAAGAUACAUAGCCUCAUACAUUCUCCACAAGUUAUGUCUUCAUACACUUUCGUCUCAGCACACCCAGUCAACUCUCAAAUACAACUCUCUCAAGAAGAGAACGACCCUCUUUACCUGAACACAAACCACAUAUCCAACACGCAGUUUGACCCAACUCUCCUGUCACCAUACAAUCAAUCGCAUACAUUCAGUAAUUCUAGCCCAUGCAACAUUGGCGGUACACCAGUCGAAAGUCUUUCCGAAUACAGCAAUUUUAGUAGCGACUAUAGUGAAAUCGAAGACGAGUAUUUUGGAGUGGAUUUCGACGCCGGCGUACAGCGAACAGAUUCACUUCCCGCAACCCUCGCAGCAUACCCAAUAGACGAUUAUACAAACACUGUACAUCAGGCAUCUACGAACAUUGAAAGUCAAAAAGUAUCAGAAGCUCUCGCAGCUUCAACAUAUCCUCCGAGCCCCAAGGAUACAAGCAUUCCAAACACACCCUCUCCCAGAAGCGAAGUAAACUAUAAAGCCCACUCAAUCAUUCCACAUCACGAAAUAGAAAUUGAAAACGAAUUAAAUCAGUCGGGAUUUCCUUUUCCAGAAUUGACAUCGACACUUGGAACAUUGCAAUUGACGCCGGACAAUAGCGGUGGCAGCCAUACGAGCGCCGAAGGGGUGGAGCCAACAAGCAUGGAUUUUCGUACCCAUAGUCCGCAUGUGACUGUUUCGCAGUGGGCUGAAGAACAAUCAUCGACUAGGCCCGACUUUGCGCCGGAUAUGAGUCGACAUGGGAAGCAGUCGAACCCCGGUUUCAAGAACUACCAAUAUCCAUCUCAAAAUUUUGACCAGAGUUCCAAAGUGACCGCAUCACGGAAUGAUGAAGGAAUGUGGAGACCGAAUGGUAAAACCGGCCUGACUGGAUUGGAUCCUGAGAGACGAAAAGUGAUCUCAAAUGCCGAAAUCCCCAAUCUGAAAGAACAGGAAGAGCGGCGGCAUAUUAACGACACAAAUGCACAGGUGCAACUGUGGCGCCAAAGAGGCAAUUCAACCAGUGAUCCAAACGUACCGAGAUCUAGAGAAUCGACUUAUGCAGUGCAAAUUGAGCAGGCUGAAGUUAAUUUAGCGCCGGUGGAUGAUGCCGCAAGCAUCAGAGAAAAUCGGUUUCUUGAUGGGCAAGUUUAUUACAACAUCAAAGGCGAAUCCCCAACUGAUGUAGAUAUAAAAUUGAUGAGCCAAAUGCGUCAAUUCAACGAUGCUCCUGCACUACCAUACAUGACAGUGAGCGGCUUCCAAGCGCCACAGACGGCGAACGAUGCCAUCCAAAAGUUCAAUGGAGACGCAGAUACCUUCUCAGUAAUAUCACGUGCAGCAACCUGGGGUACGCGACGGAAAAGUGACUCAAGUUUAAUGGAGUAUAGUGCUGUUGAGGAUGGCAGUUUCCUAAAGAAAUUAUCGGUCAAGCAUGAAAAGAAAGGACCGGGGCGUUGGCCCAAUCUUUCGAGCUUGGGACAACGCGCUGUGACUCACGUAAAGAGGGCUCGCAGCUCGUCAAACUUGCAAGAUACUUCAACGGAAAUGAACCAAAAGCAGAACAAUUCAAACAAUCUAGCGCCGCCUCCCAGAACAUCCAGCUUUGGUAAAAGUAGGAAGCCGACACCAAGCAUCAACACUGCAAUAGCGGCAAUGACUGGAACGGUCGCUGCUGUCGGUACAAGUGCACAUCAUCCUCCGCACGCCCGCAAUGGCUCUGUGAGUGCAGCAUCUCCAAAAAGCCCUCUUCUAAAUCUAUCAUUCCUCCGUAAGGACAGUGGACGGAGUAGAAGCAAGAGCGAGCUGUCAAUUCGAGAGAGCGCGUCUGCUACAGUGUCUGCUAUUGGUGAACUUUGGAAAAAACAAGGUGGCCCACCUGUUCCCACUUUGGCUUCUCAAUCGUUGGUUGAGCCUGAGUCGGUCAUUUCUACUACAAGGCAAUUCCAAGAACCAAUUGAUCACGACGACGAGGAUGAUGAGGAUGAGGAGCAAGGUGAUGAAGGUGACAUGAGAACGGAACCUGCAAUAUUGGAGCCUAUCGUACCCACUUAUGAAGGUUUCAAAGAACACGUACGGCGGCUGAAUCCUGACAUGAAUCCAAAGUUCAAUUGGCUUGUGAGUCGCGUUGCUCAUCAGCAAGAAAUUCGAUACAAAAACCUACUCGAUCAAAGAGUCAAACAUAUGCAAGCCAUCAUGAAUCACAACUGCCCUUCUAGGCCACAUUGCAUUGCACUAGGCGGAAGUGCUACAGUAUUUGAUGCUAAGGGGAAGGUUCGAGAGAAUGACCGCAGUGCUGGCGCGCUACAACUUGUAACAGACUUUUCCGAUGAUUCAAAUCCUGUUGAUGGUGCUCUUUCAAGUGAAACCUUCCCCAAAGGGGUUCCAUUACCGCCAACUCGAAAUCUUCCAGCAGAAUUUGAAUGCCAAUUGUGCUUCAAGGCCAAGAAAUUUAACAAACCUUCAGAUUGGACAAAACAUGUCCAUGAAGAUGUCCAACCAUUCACUUGUACUUAUGAAAAGUGCAGGGAACCAAAAUCAUUCAAACGAAAGGCCGAUUGGGUUCGCCAUGAGAACGAAAGACAUAGGCAUUUGGAGUGGUGGGUUUGUGAAAUAGAUGAUUGCAAACAUCUUUGUUAUCGAAAGGACAAUUUUCUGCAGCACCUAGUUCGUGAGCAUAAGUUACCAGAGCCUAAACAAAAGACAAAAGCUGCUAUCAAAAGAGCGAAACAUCCUGAGAUAGCAUGGGAUAUGCUGGACAAAUGCCAUCAUGAAACAAUAAAGAAACCACAGGAUGAGCCAUGCAAAUUUUGCGGAAAGUCUUUCACUACUUGGAAAAAACUUACUGUUCAUCUUGCGAAACAUAUGGAGCAUAUCAGCUUGCCUAUUCUUCAACUUGUUGAACAGAAGAAUGUUGACGCCGAUACGAUCAUCAGCCCAGUUGAACAAAAUUUUAGCCCAAUAACUCCAAUUUGCGGAACCAGAUUGGAAGGCUCAAGUCCUUAUGUUAUGGACAAUAUGUCACCUAACAUCCCCAUGGUGCCCCAGAUCAGCGCUGCUUUCCAUGAACCCACAUUUUACUCUACUUCGGGUCCUUCGGCAUACGGCAUGCAGAACUCGAUGACGCACACUCCAAUAGCACAGGAAGCCUCAAAUGAGCCAUUUCCCAUCUUUUCCAAUUCAUAUAAUGUUCGGCAGAUGAAUCAACCACGACAGUUUGGUUCGAUGGACUCUGCUAACCUUGGCAGUAUGCAUCACUCACCAUCCUUCAUCGACACCGGCUUCGAAAUAAAUCAACCACAGUCAGCUUUUGGGAAUAUCGACACUAGCUUCACUCAAAAUAAGGUUGACCAUCAACCCCGAUCUGCAUUUGGUUCGAUCGGCUCCAAUUCUUUUCCAAUGCAAUCCAAUCAGAACUUUAACCAUACACCCCAUUCGGCUAUGGAAUUUUCCAUGAAUCAAUCUUUCGUCACGACUUCUGCUCCGGUGUCAGCAUACCAAGCUCCGAAUAUGCUAGGCAUGCCGGAUCAAAGUACAUUUGGCUUCGAUUCCUUGACUGUUAGUCCCAUGAGCAAUUUCCAACAAGUACCAAUGAGUCGUGCUCAAGGUAGCUCUUCUUCUUAUGGUCAAUCUCCUCAAAACAUGCAGAAUUCUCCUCAGAAUAUGCAAUAUUACGGCCACCAAUAACGAUGAUUGGUAUAUCUUUUGACAUAUAUCAUAUCUUAGCUUCACGGAGUUGUUUGAAUUUUUGUGGUUUGGAGUCUUUGGCAUUUCGACGGAAAUAUCCCUUCAUGUAUUGUAGUUGCAUAUACCUUUUCUUUUUAUAGCAUAGAUACCACCAUGUUCAUGUCUUUUUCUUCUUCUUUUUUUGGUUAUUAUUCAUUGAUGGAAAUUGGUGUUGGUUGGGGUAAUUUUCUACGAAUGGAUACCGGAUAAUACCGACAUAUGAGGAUCAAUCAAAUAUAGUCCAUGACGCGAUUCAUGAGUUAGGUGUUAGGUGUUAAGUG